UAUAAUAUCGGAGUCGAUAGCGAGGGCAGACUGGGUGUAAGAGAGUGUCUCACAGACUGGGUGUAUACAGUGAGAGAGAGGAUCACAGACUGGGUGUAUACAGCGAGAGAGAGGAUCACAGACUGGGUGUAUACAGCGAGUUCCAGCUCCUUAGGAAACGUCUGCAGUGACAACAUGCAGUACCUUCUACUGGUGUCGAUGUAUCUGUCGUGUGUCAUGGGACACUUUCUGCUUGUUGAGAAGUUCAACAUGAGUAGCCCUGGGCGUCAGGUGUCGACAGCAGCGAGGACAUCCUUCUCCGUCUAUGAAGAGUGGCAGAUUUUCAAGAACACACACGGUAAAAUAUUCCGCGACUUUGAGACAGAGAAGCAAAGGUACGAGACUUUCAAAGACAACCUGCUAUACAUCGCGGACCACAACAAACUGUACAAGAACGGCGCCAUCUCCUUCUACCUGGGCAUCAACCAGUUCGCUGACAUGACACAUGGGGAGUUUCGCAGUUACAUGCAUCUGGAUCACAGCAUGCAGCGCACUUCGCACGGAGCACCUGUACACGUCUCUCUGGCAGACGACCUACUGCCGCACCAGAUUGACUGGAGAACUCGUGGGUAUGUCACCCCUGUCAAAGAUCAGGGUCAGUGUGGUUCCUGUUGGGCAUUCAGCACGACUGGCUCCUUGGAAGGCCAACACUUCCGUAAGAAGGGUCGCCUCAUCUCCCUCAGCGAGCAGCAGCUGGUGGACUGUUCGCGGACAUUCAGCGAGAGCGGCUGUAAUGGUGGAUGGGUGGACUACGCCUUCAACUAUAUCGCAGAGUACGGCAUUGAACUGGAGAACGCCUACCCGUACUUGGCUCACGAUUCUAUGUGCAAAUAUGAGGGCUCCAAAGUGGUCGCAAACUGCACCGGUCACGUCGACAUUGGAAAGGGCAGCGAGUCGGACCUAAAGUCAGCUGUAGGAUCUGUUGGUCCUGUGUCUGUUGCCAUUGACGCCUCGCACAGGUCCUUCCAGUUGUACAAGGGAGGUGUCUACAGCGAGAAGCGGUGCAGCAGGACCAACCUGGACCACGCCGUGCUGGCCGCCGGAUACGGCACACUGCAAGGACUGGACUACUGGCUAGUCAAAAACAGCUGGGGAUUAUCGUGGGGUGAAGGCGGCUAUGUGAAGAUGACCCGCAACAAACACAACCAGUGUGGAAUAGCCAGCGAGGCCAGCUAUCCCCGUGUGUAGCCCUUCAAAACAGAUUACUGGUCCAGAAUUCUGCGCGUCCCCCACUCACCCUGGAGUCGAGCAUCAAUAGUCCUGAAGCACGUUUUCCCUUCUUAGAACAAAACAAGGAAUAUUUCUCUCUUUUGAUUGAUGAAAUGCUUGUCUUUAUUGACAUCAUGUUGACGCCAUGUGUUCCUCAGGCUGUUUAGUAGGUAUAUACUUUGAUCAUGAAUAAAGAUAUCAGAAA